AUGGCGGCGUGUUGCAGACAGAUGCACACAUGCGCUUCUCUUUCUGCCUUUUUACGGCGCGUACAGCUGCAGCAUGUCCGGCUGGUUUCCACGACGACGUCCUGCAGCGAAGCCGAGAAGCCCAGGAAAUUCAUCCCUCCAUCAAAACCUGUGAUUAUCGACAAGACCCAGGCCACAGCAGCACAGCGCAAGUUCCUGAGCCCUGAGUUCGUUCCUCCGCGUCAGAGAACUGAUCCUCUGAAGUUCUCGAUGGAACGUAAAGACAUGAUUCGCCGUCGGAAGGUUCUGGACAUCCCAGAGUUCUAUGCAGGGAGCAUCGUCGCCGUGACGACGUCCGACUCCGACGCCAACGGGAAAAACAAGCGCUUUGUGGGAAUCUGCAUUCACAGAGGAGGCUCCGGGCUGGGCGCCACGUUCAUACUGCGCAACAUCAUCGACAACCAAGGGGUGGAGGUCUGCUUUGAGCUCUACAGUCCUCUGAUCCAGACCCUGGAGGUCCUGAAGCUGGAGCGGCGUCUGGACCAGAGCCUCCUGUACCUCAGGGACGCUCUCCCGGACUACAGCACCGUGGACCCGGACAUGAGGCCUGUGCCCGCCCCCCCCACCGGGGACCCGCCCCUCAACAAGCUGAAGGUGAGGAUGCGUCCCAAGCCGUGGUCCAAGCGCUGGGAGCGGCCCAAAUACGGCGUGGCGGGGAUCGCCUUCGAGCAGAUCCUGAGCCCCGAGAAACUGGAGCACGCUCAGAAGUGGGCACAGCCCUGGCUCGAGUACGACAUGCUCCGAGAGUACGACACCUCCCACAUCCAGCAGGAGAUCCUCCAGGAGCUACGGGAGGAGAGUGGACAGCAGGAGAUCCUCCAGGAGCUACGGGAGGAGAGUGGACACACAGGGACACGCAGACAAACGACAGCACAGGGACACGCAGACAAACGACAGCACAGGGACACGCAGACAAACGAACAACGACAGCACAGGGACACGCAAACAAACGACAGCACAGGGACACGCAGACAAACGACAGCACAGGGACACGCAGACAAACGACAGCACAGGGACACGCAGACAAACGACAGCACAGGGACACGCAAACAAACGACAGCACAGGGACACGCAGACAAACGACAGCACAGGGACACGCAGACAAACGACAGCACAGGGACACGCAGACAAACGACAGCACAGGGACACGCAGACAAACGACAGCACAGGGACACGCAGACAAACGACAGCACAGGGACACGCAGACAAACGACAGCACAGGGACACGCAGACAAACGACAGCACAGGGACACGCAGACAAACGACAGCACAGGGACACGCAAACAAACGACAGCACAGGGACACGCAGACAAACGACAGCACAGGGACACGCAAACAAACGACAGCACAGGGACACGCAGACAAACGACAGCACAGGGACACGCAGACAAACGACAGCACAGGGACACGCAGACAAACGACAGCACAGGGACACGCAGACAAACGACAGCACAGGGACACGCAGACAAACGACAGCACAGGGACACGCAGACAAACGACAGCACAGGGACACGCAGACAAACGACAGCACAGGGACACGCAACAAACGGACAGCACAGGGACACGCAAACAAACGACAGCACAGGGACACGCAGACAAACGACAGCACAGGGACACGCAGACAAACGACAGCACAGGGACACGCAGACAAACGACAGCACAGGGACACGCAGACAAACGACAGCACAGGGACACGCAGACAAACGACAGCACAGGGACACGCAAACAAACGACAGCACAGGGACACGCAGACAAACGACAGCACAGGGACACGCAGACAAACGACAGCACAGGGACACGCAGACAAACGACAGCACAGGGACACGCAGACAAACGACAGCACAGGGACACGCAGACAAACGACAGCACAGGGACACGCAGACAAACGACAGCACAGGGACACGCAGACAAACGACAGCACAGGGACACGCAGACAAACGACAGCACAGGGACACGCAGACAAACGACAGCACAGGGACACGCAGACAAACGACAGCACAGGGACACGCAGACAAACGACAGCACAGGGACACGCAGACAAACGACAGCACAGGGACACGCAGACAAACGACAGCACAGGGACACGCAGACAAACGACAGCACAGGGACACGCAGACAAACGACAGCACAGGGACACGCAGACAAACGACAGCACAGGGACACGCAGACAAACGACAGCACAGGGACACGCAAACAAACAGCACAGGGACACGCAGACAAACGACAGCACAGGGACACGCAAACAAACAGCACAGGGACACGCAAACAAACAGCACAGGGACACGCAAACAAACAGCACAGGGACACAAACAAACGACAGCACAGGGACACACAAACAAACGACAGCACAGGGACCCGCAAACAAAAGCAUUCCUCUAA